AUGUGCUCGCAGAGCACAUCCGACGUCCGCUUCAUAACUUUUGUGAAUACGACCUAUUUGAAAGAGCAAAAUUUGGAGACUGUGUUCGACGCGCUGCUCAAGAUUGAAUUCGGAGUACUUGUAAUUAGGUGAGUUACCGGUUUUCGCUUUGAAAAAAAUCUUUUUUGUAUGCAGUUUUUAGUUGAAUUGCAAAUUGCUAUUGCUAUUACUGUACGGUAUUUGAGCGGCAAAGUCUUACUUUUUCGAAAAAACAAAGAACCGUACAUUUUCCAGCUGGAUCGAGUUCCUCUACCUCUUCUACCUGUUCGUGUUCAUUCGUGCGAUGCACUUCAACCUCACGUUUCUGUUCAUGAACUACGGCGGCCAAUAUUUCUGUUCAAUGCUCUCGCGGUGUCUGAUCGUCUAUCAACAACUCGGCAACGACCCGAAUAGUACGUUUUGUACUUUUCCCAUACACGGUCUCCAGAGCUGACAAUGGGCGCAAGUGCGCCUCGCCCAAUAGAGCGAUACGAAAUUCAAAUUUUAACAGCAAAAUUUGUGUUUUUUGCCAAAUUAGCCACAAAAAAUCGAUAAUUUCUGAUUUGUCUCUCGAUAGACCGAUUGUAUAGGCCAUUACGAAUUUUUUAAGCGCAAGAGCGUUAAAUUUGGUCAAGUCACAAAUCACAUUCAUCCAUUUGAAGGUUUUUGGCUAAAACUGCGUGAAUUUCAGUUGCUUCCCGGUAAUUUUCGCGGUUCGAGCGCUCAAAAUGCUUGUAUUUACGUGAUUUAUCAUUCUCAAAACUAAUUCUGUCUGAAAACGGUCAAGAAAGCGCAAAAUGAGAAGUGCGGUUUUUAGGCGGCGAUCGGCGGCGAAGGCGAAAAAGCAAAGUCCGCGAAAAAUGCGCCAAAACGUCAUUAAUUCUGUGAGAAUUAGUGUGUUUUCAUGUCGAACAAUCAUUUUCCAUCGCCGUUGACCACAAAAAUCAGAGAAAACCUGCUCAAUUCAUGAAAACUCCAUUUGGCCGAGGCCACGCCCAUAUUGUCAGCUCCGGAGACCGUGUCAUAGAAAAAACUACAUCUUUUAGACGAUUUGAAGACUCCGAUUGUGUUCGCCAACUACAUUCGCACCAUCGGAUUGUUCAUCGCCAUGUACAUUUUGCCCAUUUUUAUGGUCGAGCGGUCGGAAACCUUUAAUGGAAAAUUCUCAACGUUUUCAACGUUUCACGUUCAGAUGUUUCGCCACGUUUUUCGUGAAAAACUACGAGAAAUCGCGUAAAAUCUGGGUGUCUCUGAUGAUUUUAUCGAUUUUCCAUCCGCUCGUCUUCGCGUCCGCUCUUGCCUAUAUUCAAUGUAAGCUGACACCGCGCACGAAAAAAAUUUAGGUUACAGCGUUUUUUUCUAGGCUGGCUGCCAGUCGCCUUCCACGUCAUUUCGUUCUUCAUCGUCAACAUCAUCGGCUACAUUGGCAUCGAAAUUUGUUUCUCCUACAAUACUCGCAGAUACAAGUACGCGCCGCGGCGGUCCCAAGCGAUUCACCGAACGAAACUGACUUCAGAAAGUUCUACAGCGACACCAAAGUGUUCUCGGCGGACAGUUACGGGCUGAGCGAGCGGUUCCAGUUGGCGGAGAACAUCAAAAUGUGCAAAGUUUUGAAAAAAGUGCAGCUCUCGAUUCUGUUCUUCAACAUUGGCAGUUGCUCGAUCCUGCUCAUGGACCACUUCCGCGUCGACCUGCUGGUUCUUUAUUGGUCCUAUAUGGCUUUCAACCUGUUCGCCCUCGCCUACGGCUUCACCGUCCCCAUCAUUUUGUACUCGGAACUGCCCGAAUGGCAGAAGGAGACGAGACGAUUGGUAAACUCCAGAGCUUACAAUAGACGCAAGUGCGCUCCACCGCACUAACCGAAAAUUGUGCGAAUUUCAGUUGUUUUUCACUAAAUUUUUUUUUCUUUUUUGUUGUUCGAGCGCUUAAAAUAAUUGUAUUUACGUGAUUGAUGAUCAAAGUACGAUUUUUCAUCGCUUUUGAGAACAAAAAUAGGUGCUCACUUCUCACUUCGUGCUCACUUCGUAAAAACGCAAUUUCGCGGUGGCCACGCCCAUAUUGUAAGCUCUGGAGACCGUGUGAUGUGGUAACUUCAACUUUAAAAGCAAAAGAGUUCAGAUUAGUUCGUGUUUCCAUCGAAAAUCGAUCGAGCCGACGCCGAAAUCAACGUUCGGCGAGCAAAUGAUCUACAGAGAUCACGACCAAAAGACGGACAUUUAUUUUAGUGAAUUCAACAAGUUCACGAGUUAA